AUGAACUGCCUACUUCUCGCCUGUUUUGUGGCUCUGCUUGUUGCGGGGAUUAGCCACGCUGACGUCAGGGAUGUCGAUGACGUAGUGGACAACAUUAAAAAAGUUGUCGAAAAUAACAAAAUUGAAACCAAUGAUGAACCGGUUACCGGUGAAACGAGUCAGGAAGAAGAUACUGCAGACAACGCAGAAGUGCAAGUAUCCGGUGCUAAUGAUACCGGUGAAACGAGUCAGGAAGAAGAGACUGCAGACAACGCUGAAGUGCAAGUAUCCGGUGCUAAUGAUACAGGUGAGGAUGCUCCAGUUCCGGGUAUGCAGUCGGCUCCACCUAAAUCCGGAGCUGAAGGGGGUCCGAUAGAGGAAGAUGUGCAAGGAAAUUGUGCUUCCGAGUUCAACUACUGUAGCCCCAGCUUCCGGUGUUGUUAUGAUAUGAAUUGUGUCAGUGGAAUCUGUCAACGAGGAAACGGACAGUGUGUGAGCGAAGGAGAGCGCUGUAGUAACAGCCCGGUUCACCCCAUGACGCCGUGUUGCAAGGCGUUGUCGUGCCGCACAGCGCCCUCUAUGCCGUACGAAACUUGCUCCGGCUCCACACAGUGUAUCCCAGAAUACCAGCAGUGUGACCCGAACGACUCGUUCCGGAGAUGUUGUAACAACGGUCAGUGUCAACAACAACAAGGCAGCUUCACGUACACCUGUACGUCUGGCGGGGGUGGACAGUGUAUUCCUGAAAACAUGGAAUGUCAACCAAGCAACACGUUCCAGAGAUGUUGUAACAACGGCCAGUGUAAGCCGCGGCUAGGUAGCUUUGCGUACACCUGCCAGUCGGACGGGGGUGGACAGUGCAUCCCCGAGUAUCAACAGUGUGACCCGAACAACUUGUUCCGGAGAUGUUGUAACAACGGUCAGUGUCAAAAACAACAAGGCAGCUUCACGUACACCUGUACGUCUGGCGGGGGAGGACAGUGUAUCCCAGAAUACCAGCAGUGUGACCCGAACGACUCGUUCCGGAGAUGUUGUAACAACGGUCAGUGUCACAAACAACAAGGCAGCUUCACGUACACCUGUACGUCUGGCGGGGGAGGACAGUGUAUCCCAGAAUACCAGCAGUGUGACCCGAACAACUUGUUCCGUAGAUGUUGUAACAACGGUCAGUGUCAAAAACAACAAGGCAGCUUCACGUACACCUGUACGUCUGGCGGGGGUGGACAGUGUGUCCCGGAAUACCAGCAGUGUGACCCGAACAACUCGUUCCGGAGAUGUUGUAACAACGGUCAGUGUGAAAGACAACAAGGCAGCUUCUCGUACACCUGUACGUCUGGCGGGGGUGGACAGUGUAUCCCAGAAUACCAGCAGUGUGACCCGAACAACUUGUUCCGUAGAUGUUGUAACAACGGUCAGUGUCAAAUGCAACAAGGUAGCUUCACGUACACCUGUACGUCUGGCGGGGGUGGACAGUGUAUCCCAGAAUACCAGCAGUGUGACCCGAACAACAUAUUCCGGAGAUGUUGUAACAACGGUCAGUGUCAAAAACAACAAGGCAGCUUCACGUACACCUGUACGUCUGGAGGGGGUGGACAGUGUAUCCCAGAAUACCAGCAAUGUGACCCCAACAACUCGUUCCGGAGAUGUUGUAACAACGGUCAGUGUCAAAUGCAACAAGGCAGCUUCACGUACACCUGUACGUCUGGCGGGGGUGGACAGUGUAUCCCAGAAUACCAGCAGUGUGACCCGAACAACUUGUUCCGGAGAUGUUGUAACAAUGGUCAGUGUCAACAACAACAAGGCAGCUUCACGUACACCUGUACGUCUGGCGGGGGAGGACAGUGUGUACCUAUGUACCAACAAUGUGAACCCAACAGCGUCUUCCAGAGAUGUUGUAACAACGGGCGAUGUGAACAACAGCCAGGUAGCUUUAGAUACACCUGCCAACAGGGUGGGGGUGGACAGUGCAUUCCAGAAUAUCAGAGCUGUCAGCCCAAUAGUAAUUUCAGAUGUUGCAAUAACGGACAAUGCCGAAUGCAGUCGGACGGUUCCGGAGGGUCCUGGUACGCAUGCAUGUCCGGAAACGAUCAGUGUAUUCCAGAGAAUCAGAGCUGCCAGCCGGGUGAUUUCAAACAGUGCUGCAAUAACGGAGAGUGCCGAAAACAGUUUGGAGGAUUGUGGUACGCAUGUUCGUCAGGAAAUGACCAGUGUAUUCCACGAGAUGAACGAUGUCGCCCCAACAGUAACGACAGAUGCUGUAACAAUGGUCGGUGUCGACAACAACUAUUUUGGUACACUUGUCAGUCUGAUGAUGGAAAUGAUCGUUGCAUCCCCGUGGGCAAUCUUUGCAACCGAGGCGACAGGUGUUGCCGUGGAACUACUUGCCGAAGAACCAUCAAUGGCUGGCGUAGUUGCCAGUAUUCUACUAUGAAUGACGAGCCAAUGGGCUUUAGUGUAAACGAAACGACGUUAUGGAACGGAAAGAGCGGAGCGGAAAAGUCUCAAGAAGCACCCGGUGAACCAUCCGGAGAGUGACGUCACAGAAGCGGAAAAUCCACUAAUAAUUAAAUAAUAAUAUGCCUGAAGAAUUAACUCGGCUUGUGAAAGUUUGUUUUAUUGAUUGGAA